AUGUCAUCUAUUACAGAUUGUCUUAGCCGAUUAUUACAGAUGCCAUACAUUCUAGUACGUGGUAACCUAGCGUCGUACAGUCAUAAGUAUCCCUGGAGGGUUUUAGUAUCAGGGCUUAAAGCGGCCGAUAUAGAGCAGUUGAGUCGUUUCUCCUCUAUAGGAUAUUGCGACGACUCGACGAUAGUAUAUUUGCAGCAUCCCUGCAUAAUAUUGACCGCUUUAGAGGUACUCGGUUAUAAAGUCGUCGCAUCAUCCAGCACUAGCAUUAAGCAGGAUUAUAAUGAGUACAUGUGGACUAUGAGAAAAGAAUUCUCAGAACCCGAACCUGAUAUCCGAACUGUUAUAAAAGAAGCCUCAGAACCUGUUGUAAAAGCAGCUGGUAUGGCUCGAAAUUUCGUAUAUACUGCUACUUCAAGAGCACCAGACAUCACACGGCACAAGUGUGAUGUUCAUUAG